CGGGCUUUUUCUGAGGGGAGAUUUGAGAGCAGGAGAAAGCCGCGGCGGCGGAGCAGCGACAACAGCAGCGGCGGCGGAGAGCGCGUCCUUGCUGCUCCGGGAGGGUCGAAUAAGUGACGGGGAGAACCAAACCGCCACCAUCUUGGCGUUCAGGGCAUCCGACGGGGCCGGCCGGGCGAGGCCUGAACGGAGCCUCCCGUCGCAGCCGCCGGCAGAGCCGCAAAACAAGCAGGGCGAGCUUCGACCCCGACGGUUCUGGGCACCGGAGAUGGCCACGCAGUCAGCCCCGAAAGUCGUGCUUAAGAGCACCAGCAAGAUGUCUCUUAACGAGCGCUUCACUAAUAUGCUGAAGAACAAACAGCCGAUCCCGGUGAAUAUUCGCGCCACUAUGCAGCAGCAGCAAUUAGCCAGUGCUCGAAACCGGAGGCUGGCCCAGCAGAUGGAAAACAGGCCUUCCGUCCAGGCUGCCUUGAAACUCAAGCAGGUGAGGCCGGGGGAGGAGACACUCAGCAGCUGCUGGUGGAUGGGAAAGAACUUGGAGGGUGACAGUGAGGAUGGGCUCUGGCAAUCCCAAAAAGCUUGGAAGGCGAAACCUCUGAUCCCUGUAAACGAUCCCAAUUGGAUCCCGCAGGGCUGAAUUUCAGGCCAUGGUCCCUCUCCUUUCGAACACAGUCGGGUGAAUUAUUAGCAAAACUCUGCCCUUUCUUCUCUUUAGAAACGGCGGCUGGUUGCAAAUUCACACCAGAGCGCCGGGGAGAGAUGUGAAUGAAAGUGGCCACUGUUUUUUAUAUAUAUUUAUAUUAUAUAUAUAUGGGAACAAAACCCAGUAUUGUUUGGGGAUAGGAUUCCACCCCUCUUGCUGUGGGGGGGGGGGGGGGAAAUGUCUGGACCAAAUGUUAUUUCUAAUGCUGGAUUUUCCCCCUUAUCAGAGGGAGCCCCGUUGUGGAGUACUCUUGAAGUCGUUAUCAUGCAACUCCACUGCGCUGUACAG